AUGUUAAACUAUUUAGAUAUUGGUGGUGAUAAAUCAGCUAAAGAAUUGGAUUCUUUUGAAUCAGAUCCAUCUGGAACAGAUUCAUCUUCAGAAUUAUCACUGUCGUCGUCUUCAUCGGAAUCGGAAUCGGAAUCGGAAUAUGAGUCUUUUCGAAAAGCCAAACAUCGUCGGAUGGAUGAUAAUUUAGAAGUAGACGAAAAGGCGGACAUAGUAGCAUUGUUGUCGAGCAGCAUCCGUGAUUUCUUAGUUGACAAAAACGGUGAUCGAGUUAAGAUAAGCAGUCUUCCCCUCUCCGGUAAAUACAUCAUGAUCUGUCGCUUUGACCUUCCUCUUGAAUCUUUCACUAUACAAGGUAAUAUAUACUGGGCUCUUAAACAUGCUUCUUCUAAGUGGUCUAAUUUUCAGUUGGUUGUUGUUGCUAAGAUGAGUCCCGGGUCCGAACACGAUUCCGAGCUUUUCUAUUCCUUUCUAUCUUCCUUGCCCUCUUGUCUCGCUGUCCCUUUGGAUGAUUCUGAUUUUGAAUUUUCAAGUGACUCUCUUAUUUUAGAUCCCAGUGGAGUCGUUUUGCAACAAUCUUCCUGUAGAUUCCUCAUACGUCAUGGAAUUAAAUCUUUACCCUUCACUGAAAACUGGAUAUUAACCCUUGAUAAUUAUCUUUUCAAUAAGUCUCGUGCUAGACCUUUGCCUCUUGAGGAUCUCUUAAGCCUUAAACUCUCUGAUGGCCUCUCUAACAUUGCCGCCACCGACACCAUUUCUGUUUCCAAACUCACCGAUAAGCUUGUGGGGUUAUACCUCUACCUCAACGGCCAGUUGUUAGACACCGUGAAUCGGGUGUAUCAAGAGAGUCGCUCCAAGAACCGCGAAUUGGAGAUUGUGUUAGUCUACGUCUCCUUGUCGGAUGAUCCGCAACAUUACAUGGACUCUGUUGAUGCUGUGUUGAAGGGUAGAGGGAUAUCAUCUUGGUGGAAAUCGCCGUUGAAUGACUCUACAUUCCGGAAGUUGUGGCUUAUUUGCGACGAAUCUGAGAGGGAUGAGCUCAUCAUUGUCGGACCUCAAGGUCGUUUUGUGGAGCUCAAGGGAGCUGAUGCUAUUACAUUGGAGACUGUCCAUGAUUUGUAUCCCUACUCUGCUGAAGCCCUCGCCCACCAGGAGACUACCAGGCUUAUUAAAUUGAGUUUGGAGUCAUUGCUGUUUCCGAGUAUAAACUACUACCUUGUUACCCAACAAGGUCAUCAUGUGCAUCUCAGAGACCUUCAAGGGAAAAAAGUCCUGCUUUUCAUUGCCAACUUUGAUCCCGAGGAGUCUGAAUUCAAAGUUAUAAUCAAGGGGAUGAACGAAUGGUGUGCUGAAUAUAAACAACACUACAUGAAUUCCUCCUCCAAUACAGUUCUGGUGUUCGCACCUGUCUUCUCAGGUGACUUGAAGUUUACUAAAGAGGAAUCGGAUCCUAGAAUGUCGUUUCUUUGGGACUCCACAAUGCAAUGGCUCAUAUGCCCCCCUGAUCCUCAUCGCCAACUUCAAAUAUAUAAUCACGUAAUUCCCAAGGGUGUAGUCGGCCAUGAUUUGUCAUACAUUGUAUUCGGAGAGGAUGGAGGAAUUGUUUCAGCAGAUCGACCUAAAUUGUCUAACUUUUUUCUUCCUGGUCAGUUGUACCAUGAUAUUCUUCUUUAUUACAUUGACCUCUUCAACGAUGGUAUAUAA